UACCAGUGCAAUCAAUGCCAUCAUCAAAUCAUGUAUUAAGGCAACUAAUGUUCCCUCUAAAUUCUCUUCAACGACUGACAAUAGACGGAUUUCCGUCUCUGGUAUCUUUCCCAACAGAUAGUCUACUCAAGACCUUGAAAUUCCUCACAAUCAAUAAUUGCGAGAAUCUAGAGUUCCUUCCUCAUGAAUACUUGCACAACUAUACGUUGCUUGAAGAAUUAAAAAUAUCUUAUAGUUGUAAUUCAAUGAUAUCAUUUACCUUAGGCGUUCUUCCCGUCCUUAAGAGUCUAUUUAUUGAGGGUUGUAAAAAUUUGAAGUCAAUAUUAAUUGCAGAAGACUCGUCCCAAGAGAGUCUCUCAGUUCUUAGAAGCCUAAAAAUAUGGGAUUGUAAUGAACUGGAGUCAUUUCCUCCUGGCGGAUUGGCUACUCCAAACCUCAAUUAUUUUGCAGUGUGGAAGUGUGAGAAGCUUCCUUCACUACCUGAAGCAAUGCACACUCUAGCUGUUCUUCAAGAAAUGGAAAUUGAUAAUCUACCAAACCUUCAAUCUUUUGCCAUAUAUGUUUUACCUUAUGCUUUGCGGGAACUGACAGUUGGCUUUGUUGGAGGAAUUAUGCGGCAUUCUAAACAUUCUUGGGAAUAUCUCCCUUAUCUUUCAGUGUUGCGAAUUAACGGCGAUGGUACGGUUAAGAUGUUGAUGGGGCCAUUGCUUUCUGCAAAGCUUGUGACAUUAUGCAUAUGUGGUCUUGGUGAUACAAGCAUUGAUGACAAGUGGCUUCAACAUCUCACUUCUCUCCAAAACCUUGAGAUUGUUAAUGCUCCCAAACUCAAGUUCUUGCCAAAGAAAGGAUUGCCUUCCUCUCUUUCAUUACUAAGUAUGACUCGCUGUCCAUUACUGGUAGCGAAAUUGCGGAGGAAGAGAGGCCAAGAAUGGCGUAAGAUUGCUCACAUUCCAGCCAUAAUUAUUGACGACGAAUUGAUCACAUAAGUUUCAUGUCUAGUAUCUGUGUUAUCCCUCCUUCUGCCCAAUCUCGUUGUUGUGAGAAGCCAAAAUUCACAUGCAUGAACUGCAACCAAAUCUAGUCAAUGUUUUACUGAUCAGCAGUAGAUGAAAAGGAGAAACAACCACAGACCACAAAUAUGUUUGAUCGAUCAAGGGAUUCAUGUGGGAUUGAUGACUUGCAACAAGAUGGCAGCAGUUGAAUCUAAGAUCAACCGGGGGCUCAAAGGGGCAUGGGAUGACUAGAAUCAAGAUGAAACAAGUGGCGUCUCAGGAUUCAGUAAAGGAGACGAUUGCUGGAGUAACUAGGACGAGCAGUAAUUAUCUGUCAGAGUUGAUUUCCACAACUGCUUUGCUGUAGAGCAACUACUUUGAUGAUCCAUACUCAUAAAAAUCAAAGAGGAGCAGUGUUUUCUUAUAGCUUCAUUUUGUUGUGAUUUCUGAUGCUAUAACUAAGCAACUUCCGGUUACUUUUGCUCCAGUUUUCAGCUUAUGUGCAGGUGUUGUUUGGAUAAUCAUGUUUUAAUUUUUACAACUUCUUGUUCAUGACUCAUGAGUUGUAUGUGCAUAUUUUCAGUUGAGAGAUAUGACUCAUGAGUUGUAAAUAACAUUGUAUACCAUAGUGAUCCUCAUGAAA